AUGACUCUGUCGAACCCUAUCUUGAAGCGUCCCCGCAGUGCGAGUGCCUCGGGCUUCCUCGAGUUCUUCUUCUCUCGCCGCCCCCACCCCGCCAGCCCUCGCGAGCCACACGAGCCCCCUGCUUGGGAGCCAGAGGAUGUGUAUGAGCCUUUUGAGGCCGUUUGCCUAUUCCCUGUCCCCGAUGGCAGGUACAUCGUGCGCCAGCCAGCUUCUGUUGCCGAAACGGAGGACCACGAGCAGCCGUCAUCUUCGGACGCGUCAUCCCCAUCCUCUGCAGACCUCUCGUCCGACCUGUCGUCCGACCUGUCGGCUGACCUGUCGGCUGACCUGUCAUCCACCGACCUGUCAUCCCUCGACUUGUCCUUCAACUCGUCCUCUACGGACCUCACAUCCAUUGAGUCGUCCUCGGCCGACCUGUCAUCUGUCCCCUCGUCUCUCACUUCGGACCACUUAUCCUCGCCACGCUCCUCUUACCCCGACACCCCUCCCACAGAACUUGACGACUUUGACGAGACCUGGGAUGACACUUCGCCAUCUUUGGACGAGAUUUUCGCGAGUCUUCCGGAGUUCACCGUCGAGGAAGAGAAGGACGAGCCCCAGGUUGACCUCCCCCCUUCGACGACUUCGACGUGCAAGGACACUCCUCACCUGGGGGCUGAACAGGACGACUCGACCGAUCCUGCCUUUGUAUGGCAAAAGCCUCAGUUCAUCACACGUGUGGAGCAGUCGCAGGAUCCUCAAGAGAGCAUCGACGAACUUUCACACGGCGGGGUUGAGCAAUGCGCUGAGUCGGUCCGGAUUCUCGACAAUCAACUCGACAAGGGACCUUUGUCAACCUCCGGAAGUGAGGGCGUGGCUGCCCUGGACGCUUCUUCUUCGACCGACAUUGUAGAGCAGCAUCAAGACCCUGCGCCUCGCGCCGGUAAGUCCAAGGGGCAGAAGAAGAAGGCACAGAAGCGGAAGUCCAAGGCAGCCAAGAAGGCGUUGCUCGACGCGCGCUGUGACGUGGAGCAGCUCUCUACGCCCACCCCGACCUCCACCCCCCUCCUCAGUGCUCCCGGCUCAAGCGCACGCUUUGUACCGACCUCCCGCCGUCCUGACUGGUGGUACCCUUGGGCCCUCGUCUCGUUGUUGAGUAGACCACUUGUGGCACGUGAGUGCCAACUGUAG